CACGUUAGAACGCGAAUUUCACUCCGAGAGAACGGACACGGGCUGAAAAAACGGCUAACAAACGGGAAAAUCGCUGAGGCAGGACCUCUCACACACGCGCACUCACACACACACAAGUACACAAAUCCCCACUCGCCCCCAUAUAUAUACAGGGAUAUAUGUAUACAAGUGAAGCGCCAAGUGCCAGUGUCCUAGAAAUUAAACACAAUUCAAGAAUAAAUCCAAAUCGAGAAGGGGAUAAUGGAAAGUUAAUUGGUAAGACCCCUUCGAUGAGAACGGAACGAACGGAUCCAGAGGAAAAGUGCAAGUGAAAAGUGCCUGUAAGAAGCAGAAAAUCACACACUCACACACAAAGGAAACGUCAUAUGCCAGAGGCAUUGACAGGAGUCCGUGGAGCCCGCAUUUUGUGUAUCCUAUUUUGUGUGGCAGCUGAAAGGAGCAGGAGGUCCUCCUCAGUGCCACAGUGGCCAGGAAAACAAAAACAAGCACGGCACAAUUACACCGUGUAGUUGCCAUAAUGAUAGAUUUCAAAAAUAAAUUGAGCAAAUUAUCGUACAGAACGUGCCCCGCUUCGAAAGUCUAAAAAUACUCGCGCGUCGCCAAGUUGUCGAGGGUCCAAAGUUCCCUUUUCCCCAUUUCAACUGGAUGUGGAUGUGGAUGUCGAAGGGAGGACUAAAGUGCCGCAACCGACUUUAAAUUAUGCAUGCACAUUGAUUUUCCGACCUCACGACCCCCGUCGUAAUAUCCCCAUCUAUAUCAUCUAUACCACAUCGCAUGUUAUCAGCGGAACUGGCGUCGUCGACGGCUUUGUUGAAUGCGAGUUAUCAGCGCAGCAACGGCCCCACAAAAGAUGAAGUUUGCCCCUCGACAACAUAUGACAAGUGCCACACAACGACAAGAGCAACAUCGGGAGCAGCAGCCACACUUGCAACAGCAGCAGCCACAAUGACCAAGCAAUUGACAACGGCAACUGCAACAAAUGCGGCAUCGGGCAUAGGACAAGCGGGUGAUUUGGCGCCCACUGUUAUAUCCCCAACGGCAGCCACAACACUCGAGACGGGAUCGGGAGGAGCAGGAGGUGCCACCUCCAGUUCACCUGUCAGCGAGACAACAAAGACUGUGGCGCCACCACAACCCGUUGAGGAGAAACCCUCGAGUAGCGAUGCCAGUGGCAGAUCGGCGGCUCUGGAACGGGCCUACGUGCACGAUGUGUACGAGCACUGCGAGGAGCCCACGGGUCCAGUGCGUCCCCGGAUGGCCCACUUCCUCAGCGGCCUGGAUCCCGGCUCCGUGGUCUGCGACGUGGGCUGCGGCAGUGGGAGGUACCUCACCCAGUGCAACCCGGCCAUCUGCACCAUCGGCGUGGAGCGCUGCUACCGGUUGAGCAAGGUGGCCCACGAGAAGGGCGGUGAGGUGGCCCUUUGUGACAAUCUGGAGCUGCCUUUUCGGGACGACAGUUUCGAUGCGGUGUUGUCGCUGGCGGUGGUGCACCACUUCGCCACCACGGAGCGACGUGUCCAGGCUCUGAGGGAGCUGGCCAGGAUCCUGAGAAUCGGUGGUCGCGUGGUGAUCACCGUGUGGGCACUGGAACAGCGGCAUCGACGCUUCGAGUCGCAGGAUGUGCUGAUACCCUGGCAGCCACCAAAGAACCGCAACUACUCCUACUCGGAUGAGGAGGACGACGACAACUUCCAGCCGCCCUACCACGCCUACACCGAGGACUCGACGAAUUCCAGUCGAUCGGCAGGAGAUGGGGAUAGUUCCAGCUUGAGUUCGUCCUCGCCGGGGGAGUCCUGCUACAGCUUCGUUCGCAGGGCCAUUCAGAAACUGGCUCGUGGACGAAGGCAUGCCUGGUUCAUGGACUCCUGGUCCUCGAAGGAUACCAAGAACGAUAGUAGUUUGGACUACGAGGACGCGAAAGACCUGCCCAUCGAGCUGCGUCGCCUGGAGGACUUCGAGGACUUUCCCGAUCCUCCUCUAUCGGCUGGCCUCAAAUCCCGCAGCCUGGGCAGCAUUCUGCAGCCUCCUCCCCGCCAGAUUGUCCGCUCGAGGUCUAGUGUUCCCAGCCUGGGAGGUCCUUUGAUUCCCGGCGAAUCCAAGGCCAGUGCAGCUGCCCUUUUACUCAAUGCCCCGGAGGCACAACAACUUCAGUUGCAACUCCAACUGAAUGGAAGACAUUCGCCCACGGCAACGGCAAGUGCUGGAAACACGUUGAGCCGGAGGCCCAAGCUUAUCAAACAGAAGCAAUCCCUGUGCGAUGAUGACGCCGCCGGCGCCUCCACGCCUCCCGCCUCCGAAUCCUUCCAGAUGGUGAGCAGCCUGAAUGGUUCUAAUGGCGCCGUGAGCAGUAGUUUGUACACAAGGAGCGGCUGCUACGCUGGGAACUUCCAUCAGCAUGCCUCAUCGACGGCCACGCCUCCUUCGGGAGAUCCUGUCGAGGGAGGAGGAGGACCAACUGGUGUAUCAGGAUCGGGAGCACCCACCUUCCUGCGCAAACAGAGCUCCCUGAACGAGGAUCUGAUGGCCUGCAAUCGGCUGAGGGAGAAGGAAAGGGUGCGCAAGCGCAUCCAGAAGCAGACCUCGCUCAACGAAGCCUUCCUCUGCAGAUCGGCUCUGUUCUCCAAGAGGUUACAGGUGAUCCGCGAGGGCUUCACCACCAAAAUCAAGAGCUCCACGGGCAGCCUGGAGAGGGUGACCAAGACAGGGAUAAGUAAGCUGAUCCAAAACAUCAAGAGUGUGCCGCAGACACAGCCUAAUCCUGCCCAGAAUCCCACUCAAGUGGACAACAAGAACCCCACGCUGAAUAACAACAAUAAGCAGGCGGGAGUGGCAGGAGCGACGGUGGCCCAUCAGCACCACCAUCACCACCACCACCAUCCCGUCCAUCAUCUCUCCCACUUGAUACUGCCCUCAUCCUCCACGUCCUCGGGACCCGUGACGUACUGUAGCAGUGUGGAGUGUACCAUGGGCAAUCUGUGCCACUGCAGCCAGUACCAGCAGGAGUGCCCGGCCUGCGCAGAUGGCGGCCAGGGGGACAAGGCUAGGAGGCACUCUCGGGAGUCGGGGUCGGACUCCUCCAAGGACAGCAGCCUGCAGUCGGACACCAGCAUCGAGUCCGAGGACAGCUUCGCCUCGGUCAUCUUCAUACCAAAGCCGGAGCAGCACCAGCAGCAGUUGAACUACCAGCAGCAGCACCAGAACUCCAACUCCAGUUCCAGCAACUCCUCGUCGAGUAAUGGUCAGAGGGCCCAGGGAGCCGCUGGAAGGGAUCAGGGCUCGGGGAACCCCGGCUCUCGACUGCCGCCCACUCACUCAGUGCCAACGUCGCCUCUGAUUAUGCCCUGCCCACCCACUCCGGCCCACUCCCCAGCUGCCAUCCAGGGCACGGUGACAUCUCCGCCGCAGUCCACUUCUGCUGUCUCCGCCGCCAUGGCCAUCCUGACUCCCCCCUCGAAACCAGCUCGUUUCAGCUUCGAUGAGGCGCACAUCAAGCAGCAGAAGGAGCAGCAGAAGGAGCAGCAGAAGGAGCAGCAGAUGGAGCCACCCAAAAAGGAGCCUGUGAAGGAGCUGCCUAGGGAACCGCUUAAGGAGUCGCCUCCGGUUCGCCGGAUCACCCGCCAGGCCAUCCGAGAUUUGCCACCCAUUCCCAAGUUCCGGAAACAGCAAUCGCUGCAGCUGCAACGCCAGAGUUUCCCCAUCGUGAGGAGAGCCUCGGGAUCUGGGGUGUCCACCUCGGCAUCUUCCACCUCGCUGGCCACCAAGCUGCUCUCCCUCGAGCUCUUCAACCCGGCCACCGAUGACCUGGACAGCGAUUCCAGUGAACCUUCCUCUCCUGACUCCAUAGACAGUGUGAUCAGCGCUCCAAGAUCGGCUAAGGUGCCCUCGGGAAGCGAUGAAGGAGGAGGUGCCUCCGCCAACUCGAACUCCCAGGACGAAGGUGAGCCCAGUUUGGCCCAACUGAUCAGUCUUCAGCAGGAGCAGUACCACAAGGGAGAGCUCCAGAUCAAUAACUCCCGUUCCCAGGGCGAAGAUGAUAUAAUCCUAAAUGCAGAUAGUGCCACACUUCUUCCAGAGAAAAGGGAGGCCACGCAGAAGCAGGAUUGUGCUGAAUUCGCCGAGCAACUGACUGCCCAACUGCAGCGGGAACUGGAGGACAAGAGCAAUCGAACCGAGUGCCGAUAUCUGGAUGGGAUCGGUAUGGGAGAUCUUUCGGAGUUCCUGGGCGGCGGUAAGAAGCGCUCCAAUGGCGAUCUGAGUGCUUUCCGGGAUGAACUCAGGGAACGACGGUUGAUGCUGGCCAAUCUGUCCACGCAACCUAGUCUCCAACAAUCCCCUGUGAGCUCCUCCACCUCAUCACUAUCCUCGCAAACCCGUAGCUUCACCAUCCAGGAGGAGGAUGGCGAGGAAGAGGAGGAGGAGGAGAACGAGUCCAGCUACUCCCUAGGUGUCUACGAGCACUGCAAGAUCUCCAAGUUCAACUACAAGAGGAAUCGGCACUAUCAGCUCAACCCGGAGACAGCCUAUCUCCUCCAGGAUGACGGGGAUAGUGAUGUGCGGGAGGAAGACGAGGACGAUGUCAUUCCCGAGGAGGAGGAGCAGGAGGAACAGGACGAGGAUGCCGAGGCGGAAGCUCUAGAGGCCCGAGGUGGUGAUCAGUUGGGCGAGGGGAUGUCGGACUAUGGCCAACGCCGACGCAACAUGGCUGCCCUGAAGGUCCAACCUCCGACGACCUCCCAGCAACAGCAACCUCAGAAGGAGCCCAACCAACCGGCUAAUCUUCAACAGCGACCCUCCAACGAAUCCCUGGAGCACUCGAACAGCUCCACCAACUCCCUGGAUAGCCCCUCGCAGGGAGGAGCUAGUACCCACCACCGCUACUAUCAUGUGUUCCGCGAGGGCGAGCUGGACGCACUGAUCAACCACCAUGUGGCCAGCCUGCACAUCGUUAGUUCCUACUACGAGCGGGCCAGCUGGUGUGUGGUGGCCGAAAAAGUCCAGGUGUGGACCAUCUAAGCGCCCUUCACUCUCAAAGGGGGAUUCAAAACGGGACUUACAUAUGUCUUAAUUAUUAAAAAAGUUUUUAUGUUACUGGGUAAGCCCAGUUUUAAUUUUUAAAUCAAAGAUAUCCUUAUUUAGACGUCACUUUAAAUUGCAAGGCCACACUGCUAAUUUUUUGGAAACCAGUGUGACCAUCUUUAUAAAAUAUUGAAAAUCAAAUUGAUUAAUAACAUUGUAAGCCCGUUUGAAUCCCUGCUCUGAAACGAAAAUUCAUUCCCUAGCUGUAGUCUCUGAUCUGAUGCCCCCAAAGGAAUUGUUAAAUUUAGUCUAUUACUCUAGUCGGCUGGCGAAUCGAGGCGGGGAAGCCCCGUCCUGCGAUCCAGCACUAAUUUAUUGUUAGCAGGCCUGCUCAAGGACGGCGAACGCAGGACCGCACUGCAUUGAAAUCCAAUUUCAAAGGAAAACCUAGCUUUAAGACCAAAACGAAUCGAAUCGAAUACGAUAACGAUACAACGCAAGCUAAAUACAAAUCUUACUAGUUAUACGAGCAUAUUCUAUUUACAACGAGCAUCAUUUUGUAUCUUGCGCUACUUUCAGCCUAGUUUCAAGCACCUUAAGCUAUAAUUUCGAAGCAAAUAAUCAUCAAACGUCCAUUAAAACAGAAACAAAAUAUACCACUUAUACAUGAGUAAAUAAAAAAUACAAGUUAUACAGAUAGAACAAAGAAAUAUAGGAAUUUCAUAUAUACACUCCUUAACGCUGCAAAGUUAAUAGAACCCUCUAACCUACGAAUAUCAAUAACUGCAUUUAAAUCUACGACAGAACCGUACAUAUAUCGAAUGCAAAAUAAAUCAAAAGAUUAUACACAAAACAGUUUAAGAAGCUCACAUACAUAUUUCCAAGUACUUAUAUUUUCAUCCUGUGUAGAGCACCAUUUCAUUUUCCUCGAUUAGAUGAAGUAACGAACUCACUUCCCAAAAACGGCCAAUAACCACGAUUGUAACAUAAGCCUACGCCUAAACUUAAAUUUUUUGUCAACUUAAGAACUGUUAUUUGAAAAAUAACGCAAACAUUUUCAAUAAAAUAAAUGAUAUAUAUACAUACUUAUAUGCGACUGUACAUGUGUUUUUUAGCUAGCUAAACUAACUUUAUACCGUAAAAUAAUAGAACAAUUGAAUAAAUAUUAACUAACGUUGGACGCAACACUAAAUCACAACAGAUAGAACUCGAUUUGAACCUACUACUGCUCGAAAUGCUGAAACAUUAUAAUUAUUAAGUAAUGCUGGAAAAUAUAUAUAAUUUGCACAGAGUCCACCAAGCACACACAUACAGAAGAGACACAAGAACCCAAGCUACGACAGAGGAAUACCAUCUGAAAUAUUCAAUAUUGAUUAUUUGUAAUGCAUUAACAACCACAUUAAAUAAAAUAAUAAUAAUUACUGAA